AUGGAAGAAAUGGUGGCAAACAUGUUGCAGUACAAGCUGAAGAUUGACCAACUCAAGCAGGAAAACACAAGCAUGAAAACGUCGUAUGAGAACAAUCUCCAGAAAUACUGUAGCCAUAUCAGUAACCUGGAGAGAGACAAUAUGAUGCUCAGGAAUCAGGUCAAAAAAAUGGAAACACAGCUCCACGGUAAGGGCGAUGAUAGGGAUAAGAGCAAGCUGUUGCUGGAGCGACUCAAGAUGGUGGAGGCGGAGAACAGCUCGCUUGUCCUAGAGAACGAACAACAGAGGCAGCAGUACGAGAAGUGUCUGGACGAGAUAGCCAAUCAGGUGGUGCAGGCGCUGCUGGCCCAGAAGACGUUGCGAGAAGAGUGCCUGAAACUACAGACGAGAGUCCAAGACCUGGAGCUACAGAACAAGCACCUGAACCUGAUGUUCCAGCAAAGGAUGAGGCUGACGACUGACUCCCUGCUUCAGGUCCAGCAUACGUCAUGCAUCACCACCACCAACCUGUGUCGCACAGCACUCACAACAAACUCUUCUGCGGCAGCCCUCUCUCAAGGGGAGAUGACUCUAGAAAUUCUCAACAACGCCGGCUCCCUGCAAAGCAUGUGUAGUGAAAUAUUGGGAGAUGACAGCCCGGGCAAACCUCAACUAAGUUCACCCCCACCCUGGCUGAAAGACAAACUUGGAAUCCCCGGGGGAGGGGACACCAGCCCCAGCUCAACCAACUCCUCCCUCUCCACCCCCAGCCCCUCCACGCCCGAUGGCAAGGACCAGAUCCUGCAGACAAAAAUAGAAACGGAGUUCCCCGCAAACAACACGAGCCCGAAGGUGAAGCACAUCAACGUCUACCACGCGAGAACCAGGUCACUGGAGCGUGGGAUCUCGGGAUGGGAGAGUCGAGAGACAAGAGCAGCAACUCGUGCGCGUCGAGACUCCGACGUCGAUAAAACGUCGUUCUCCGUGCCGAGGCUCAAGCAAUCGACGUCCGCGGACGCGAUCAGCCGUUACGGUAUCGGCAACAAAACGUCCUCGUCGUUAAUCUUAGCAUCCAGCCGGUGGAACGAAUCCUCCUCGCACGAUCGCCUCACCCCCAACACACUACUUCAGUCCCUACCCCGGGAUGACGGGCGUGCUGUUUUAGUCGCCGGCGCCGACUUCAAUCACCAAAGUUUCGAGGCUUUCAACAAAAAUUUCGAGAAACUUCUCGCGAAAAACUCCAGCGAAGACGCCUCCUCAAGCAACCCUGUACAAAAACCAGCAUUCAAAUCUCCCCACUCUACUUCCGCUGCUUCAAGAUCAAAAUCUUCCAUCUUCAAAAGACUCACAGCGAAAAACAAUUCUCCCCCUACAACUACCUCCCCUAGCUCCUCAACCAAUAACAAAUCUACACCUCACACUAAAACAAAACCCGCCCCUUCACCGGCAUUACGAAACCCCUUCGCAGAACCCCUCAAAUCACCAAAGUCUCCCAGUAACGUCCCGAGCCAGUAUUACUACUACGACUACAGCGACGAAGACAGCGACUCUCGUCCGGUCUCCCGAGACUUCAGCACCGCCUCCACCACGUCGCUAAACGAACUACUCGAUAGCAGCAUGGAAGGGGAACCUGCUCUGGACGACGAUUUCUUCUCAGACUGGUCCUCCGUUUGUAUCACUCCCCGUCAGAGAAUCGACCACCUAUCCGGAGUCGCUAUAUCAAACAACGCCAUGCAGUCUAAACUAAGAAACUUAAGUUCUAGCUCAUCUUCAAGAUCAACCUCAUCCUCGCCGGAAUCUUCGGGUGUUUCCGUCAAACCAAAAUCUUCAACGCCAAAAGAGUUGAGUCUUCAGAAAAAUAAAUCAGUUGUGACUGCAAUAAAACUGGAAGAAGAAACACUUACAAAAACUACGGAUAAAUCGGCUUCUAAUUCACUUCCGUCUAAACCGGAAAGUUUGAAUUCAGAUGUGGUACAAACUUCUCAGACUAUACCCCCACAAACUCUUGCUGUGAAUCUUGAUAAUUCCCAGCCCAAACAAACAAUUUCCCAGAACCAAGUCGAGAUCCGAACCGGGGAUCGUUCACAAUUUCUUUCCUCACCAUCCCCAUCACCAAACUUGAGCCAGAAAUCUGACCUGGGCUAUGCUAGCAAGGGGAGCUACUCUCAAUCCUCGCCGUCACCUUCACCUUCCUUGUCCCACAGAGGCACGCCCCCCUGGAUACAAAGCUCCAAAGACGCUCACCAAUUCACGAAGAACGAUCUCCUGACUUUAAUCAUCAAUCGAGAAACAAUGGGCGCAAGUCCUAGAAGCGUCCCUAAUACGCUCAGCGCAGUCGAGAGCCCGAAACUCAUCCGGCCCGGGCAACUCAUCCUGGCCCCGCAAGACAAAAACUUCAACUUCCAAGGCUUCAGCUCUACCAGUUCAACCAGCUCUGAGGACAAAUCCCCUCUAAAAAUCUUCGAAUCCCGACAAAACAGUGAUAUGAAAUCUUCCGUGAUCGAAGUUAAAAAAGACGGCACUUUCGUCCACCCAAAACGAUCAUUCGGUGACAGUUCAAACGACAACAGCGCCAGUGUUAGCCCCAGUAGCCCGAUCAAAAGCCCUUCUAAAAUACCUCCACCGGUGGCCAAAAAGCCCAUCAGAGCGGUAAAACCCGAAGCCAGAUCGACACCGAAAGAAACAAACGGGAAAGAUUCUCAUUAUAAAUUCCCAGGAAAUACAAAUAUAACUGUAGGGUUUUUGUUACACAAUCAACAUACCUCAGUUCCUUUAGGUAACGAAGCUAGUGAACACUUUUCAAAACUUCCAAUCAAAGAUUCAAAAUCUUCACUACACACGAAACAUUCUUUAGAUUUUGGAUUUCCCUUCCAAGCCAAAUGUCAGUCUUCAGAUUCUAGUUUUGAGAACUUGAAAGUUGAAAGGUCAGGCAGCAAAGAUGACGGCUACUCAACCAUGUCUUCCGAUAUCCACCCAGAAGUUUUAGAAAAAUUCAGCGACACGCUGACUAGAAAAUUUUCCGAAACGGAUUCCGACCCCCAUAAACCUAGCAUGGCGGACAACGACCCCCUGCAUUGCCGAGAGAGGCGAAACUCCGACUCGGUGAUUCCCAGUCGUGAUAGGUCAUUUGAUCUAACCAGUGACCCCGACUCCGCCCUCGAGACCUCGAUACACAGCACCGCAGAAAUGGUGACGAGUUCGUCCUCCCAAAUCUCGACCUCCAGCAGUGAUUAUCCUCUCAGUCCGUGUGCCUCAAAGGUAUCCAAAGUCACGAGACUCUUCGAUGUAGAAAACACAAAAAUAAAUUUUCUCCCCGCCGCUGUGAAUGGCAUACAGUGCAUACAAAACGAUAACGCGGUGUCUCAUUCAGAUUCCAGCAACUCUACUUCCCCUGUCUCGCCCAACAGUCUACCUACAAACUAUCAACUUCCGGAAAGUCCAAGACGAUUAGCGCACGAAUUUCAAAAAACUACCUCGACUAAACUAACCUGCAGUCCAAUAAAUGUACAUAAAACACCUUCAGAAAGUCCAAAAUUACCCAAAUACAACAACGGAAGCCUACGCUUACCAUCAAAACCAACCAACCCCUCACCAACGACCAUUCCUGUAUCAGUUCCAACCCAAAAACCAGCUUCUAAACCCGAUCCUUCUGCUUCUUCAUCAACGUCUACAUCCACCAGACUCCCUAGAGGUUUCUAUAACAAUAAAUCAACUGGUACCAAAUCUUCGACUGUAAAACAAUUCAAACCUUCAACGAAACAAGACAAUAUUCCAAAAUCUGAAACUACACUUGCUAAAUCAGACUCCAUACAUCUACACAAUUCUGACAAUUCGAAUUCCAAUAGCUUAGAUACUGAAGAAAAUCAAAAAGACAUUUUAAACAACAACAGCCCACGAACAAUCAAAACAAAUUCACCAAAUAUAACUUCACAACCAGCGGAUAAUGAAUUUCUGAAUAAAUUAGAAAACUAUGCAAACUUAACAAGCAAUACUCACAGUAAAUCUGAAAUAUGUAAUGAUAGUGUUGAACAAAGAACGCAUGACAAUGUGAAUAUCAAUUCCGUGGGGUCGUCUGUACAUCAGACACCGGCUGUAGGAAAUACCAAAAAGUGUUCUAAAACUGAUAGUGGGAGUACCCAAACUAACAGCAACAUCACGGCUGUAGUUACCACGCCAGGUCUUAGAACCACUGAGAAAAAUCAAGUUCAUGUAAUGGUGAACCCCGUCUUGGCAUCAACAGAAACUCCACAGCUUCCAACGAAUGAGAAAACAAAACUUGAAACUCAACAGAAAAGAAGCUCGUGUAUUAUCCUGACCAAUCAGGCGUUUCAACUGAUUUCAUCAGAUUCUGAAAUUGAUGAGGAUGGUCAUCGUGAAUCUUCUCUUCAUGUCGAUAACAACAUCGAUGUUGGUCAAACACAUGGUAGUGAAUCUCCAUCGAAUACCAACAUCAAAAGCGUUACGAACAAUAUCACUCAUUCCUCCAAUCACACCUCUACCUCCUUACGCCUCAACUCGAACCAGGAUCGACCUCACAUUCACGCAGCUAUUCCACCUAUGCAGCUAUCACCCAACCCCUCGUCUUCCAUCACCACCAUACAAGGGCAGCUACAAUCCAACAACGCGACGCCAACCCGCCAACCAUCUGUGGAUACAAUCAGCAUUUUCCCUCCAAGAUGCCUUCAAAGGUCCAAAUCCGAGCAGGAUCUCUACGGGAGGCCCAGGUCUUCCAGUGCCUAUGAUGCCUACUUUGGGUCAGUUUGGGACAGUGGGAAGGUUCUGGAAAGGUCAGUCUCAGUCUCGGAACUUGACCUCUUGCACAAGAACCAAGAUUCAUACCUCAACUGGAACCCGCAACACUCGGGUUCCAGCACCAGAACUCAGUGCCACCAGAUGCAUUGGAACCUUCUUCCAUCGCAACCGUCUGCAGCAUUUCCCGUCAAUCUCUCUCGCAACCAGCAGCCCCGGGCCCAACCCCAGGUCUCCCUACCCCUCAGGCAGAUCGUCCACCACACCCACCACCUGUACAGCCCGUGGACCCAGACUCUGUGCCUCGACCUCUCUGACGUCACGGAGCUGGACGAGGAAGGCUCCGAGGUCACGGCGACCUCGUUUGACAUGAGCCUGUUCCAGAGCGGCCUGGUCUGCGAUGAGAGUCCGAGACUUAGCGUCGACGACCAGAAGCGGUUCAACAGCCAGUUCUACAGCUUGUGCCAACUCGGUUCCAACCGAUCUCUCCUCUCCUCCGGCAACGAGAGCCGCGACAAGCUCUCUAUCACGAGCCUCAACGAAAUCCUCAGCACCAAAAGUCUCGACGGCGCCGCCAACCCGUCGGAUUUCGACACCGUCGAUGAUGAGGAAAACGAAAUCGCCAUCAAGGAGUUUGACGAGAUCUCUAAGCAAAUCGCGAGUUUAUCCAAAACGGUGGAUGAGCUUAACCAGAGCUUAUCCAGCUUAAACAGUGGGGAGUAUGAACCGUGCAGGCAUCAUUUUUCGGAAUCUGAGUCCUUGCAGGCUUCAAGACCUCAGGUUCUAGACGGGUACCAUUGGGUGAACGAUGAGUUCUACCUGACCUCCUGUAAUGGCGAGAUGUUAAUCAGCGGUAACGACCUCGCGGGGGAUGACUUGUACAGCGAUAUCUUCACGCUAAGCCGCUCUUUCGAUUCCAACGGCAGCGAAGACGCGACAGGAGAAUUUUACCAGGUGCCCCUGGGUGGGAGUAACGGGGACUCUACUGCACCUGGACAGGAUGAAAUUUUCGCCGGGUCGAAUUUUGACACGGUCAAGGAAAACCACAAAGAGAAGAAGGGCGUCCAAUCAAGUGGAGUCACCAAGGAGAAGGGGGACAACCUUGUGUGUUCAGUAGAAGUUUCGACACAGUCUACUGAAGAUAGGAAGGUUGAGGAGACUCCAGUGAAGGACGAUGGAAAAUUGGAAGAAAAGAGCGGCAGUGAAAAUAAAGAGGUGCUUGAUCAGACCGAGUCUUUGAAUGGGUCCAACAAUGACAGCGACGAUAGUCUGGCCAGUGAUAUAGGCCUGGAUUACAUGAUGUGUCAAAGGCUAUUUGGUCGCAAAGGUCGCAUCCAGCCGUCAGCAGGUCAGACCAACAAGCCAGCCGUCGAUUUCGCCACGUUUUUCGUCCGCUACGGCGAACCGGAAAAGGAAGCCGUCGCCGCCUUCAACUUUCUGGACCAGCUUUCUGAAGGCGGAGCCGACGGCAAGCCCGACUGGCUAAGGUGGAACCAGAACUACGAGAACGUGGAGGGUCAAGGUCACGCGAGGGCGGGAACCGCACCGGAAGGAAAAGAAACCAGAGACGUCGGCGUUGACGCCAUGAGCCAAUCCCAGCGUUCCCUGAGCGCCAGUUUUGAAACUUUCAACCAAUCGGUUUCGAGCUCGGAUGACGACACACUUCCGGUUUCGGAGAUUCGCCGUGACGAAGAAAAUAAACCGGAAGUCCGUAAACAGAAUCAAAUCAGGAGCGUUGCGAGCCACGGGUGUGAGAUUGUGGCAAAAGGAGGGUAUAACACUUGCUAUAAACGACCGCAGUCGGAGAACAACAAAGAAAUAAUUCACCAGCGAAGCAUGAGCGCAGACAACCCCGCCUCGUAUUCGGAUUUCGUCGCCGAUUUAAAAACAUCCAACCCCAGCGAUGUCCCUGCACCCAAACUCCCACCCCGGCGACCCAUCAUCACCAACGGCAGUCUGAACCUCAACCUGGAGAGAGACAUCCCACCUCUCCCGCCCCCACCCCCGUGUCUAAUCAACCCCCAGGAUCAUCAAGCUUGUCAACGAAAAGGUCGUAGUUCCCCUAAAGUUCAAAGUUCACCCAAGGUUCAAAUCCAAUCGAUCCACCCUCCACCAUCAAGGCAUCACGCGCCGUAUGUCAACCAACAAAUUCCUCGGUUAGCGCUCCCCAGAAACACCCGACCCCUCAGCGAGCCCUCCGUCUCCACCAACACACCUCACUACCUCAGCUCAACACCCCCACCCCUCCCCCCGCGCCAUCCUCAAAUUACCCGCACCCUAGACGGGCGCCCCCAAAUCAUCAUUCGCCCACAUCGUUUUCAACUCGACAGUCCCCACCCCGACGGAGGCCUGCAAUCCUUCGACCACUACCUCAUAGACAAAACCCGGGCCACCGUCUCCUCCCCGUCCCCCACCUCCCCCAUCACACUCCCCCGACCCCGGAGCCACUCUGACGUCAUCGUCCCCACCUUAAAACCCAACCUAGAAAAAACCAAAGAAGACUCGGCCUUGUCUAAAAUACCUCGCCGUAAGCUCAAAACUCGAAGGGAGCUAAGCAAAAUAAAACAAAACUCAAGCAGAUCGUCUACAGAAAUGGGAGUUAAAACCCCUGAUUUGAAUUCGAGCUACGGGCGGUGCCAAAGAAACAGUGCAUCCUCGAACAAAGACCUAGCUUUGAACGAAUCCACCGAAGACACGAGCUCUAGCUAAGCUCUUAAACCAAUAUAAAUCUUCGGAAGAGUUCACUAUAAACAAUUUAUUCAUGAAAUUUCUAGCUUGAUUUGAACUGUUAUACAUAUUUCAGGAAUUAAAUUAUUUGAAUUGUCAUUUUUUAAUCUAAAAAAUGUCAAGUGUGUAUGAUAGUUUAAAAACUGUGUUAGACAUACCUAACAUAUAUGUGCUGUAUAAUAUGUAGUCCAUUAUAGAUAGAUGGUAGAACCCCCCCCCCCCCCUCAUCCCUCCAAUAAAGCACCUUCAUCAUUUACUAUCAUUGUACCUAACUGUUUCAUUAUAUUUAUUCAUGAAUCUAAUAAAAACAAUGGGUUUUUUAAUUCAUUAAUGCCAAAUUAAAUAUUUUUAAAAAUGCAUGUUUUAGCGUAACUGAUCAAAUUUCUUUCUAGAGCUAGUAUAUGCACAUAAUUAAUUAUAGUACCGUAAUGUAAUUAAUUAUUGCAACGUAUUGUAGGUAAGUUGAAAAAAAUAAUGCACCGUUCUUAAAACAAUUUGAUGAAUAUUAGAUUUCCAUUAUAUACACUAUUCCUACCAGGGUAUGUUAUUAUUUUUGUAUUUUAUAUAGACAGUCGAGUAUGACAGUCGAUUAAUACUAUACUAAAUUUUGUUUAACAAUUUAGAAUUCUACCAAAGCAAUUAGAAAUAGCCGUGACAUAGUUUGCUAUAACUGUGGUGUAGUAAGCCCAAUAAUAUGUUAAAUACUUUUAUUUUUGUUACUAUAGUAAAUAGAUUCAUGUAUAUUUGUUUUAAUUUUACUGAAACAAUUGUAAAAAAAAAGAAAAAAAGUAUUUGCUUAUUCAAGGGAAGCUACUCUUCAGUUAUUUUGUUUUUUUAUAUACACAUUUUAAAAUAUUUUUUUGUACAAUGGAAAACAUUUGAAACUUGUUGCCAGUGUUUGUUAGAUACAUUUUCCGAUUGAAAUUCAUGCAAAAA